CCAGCCAGGUGAGGGUGGUUGCUCAGGCUCACCCCUGGAGGGCGGGAGCCAGGAGCCGCUGGCAGGUGGGGCCUGGGGGCUGGACUCCGCCCCUCCCGCGCCCUCAGCCUUGGUCCCGCCGCCCAGCACCAGCCCCUCUCCCAAGCCGGAGCGCGAUUGGUGGCGGCGCUUGUCGCUCGGAGGGGGCCGGGCGCUCUGCUCCGCGGCUCUCGCUGCCGCCGCCGCUGCCUUCCCUCUAGCAGUGCGGGCCAGUGGGACCGCCGAGGCAGCCGGAGGCUGGCGAUGGGAAGCGGCACGGCCGCGGACCCAGGCUGUGGCAAAGUUUCCCAGACGCGCGUAUUGGGGCUCGCAGCUGCUGGCCACCCGUGACCGCUCGGAGAAGGGUUCGGAGAUUUUUAAUUUGGGAAAAAAUCCACCUCAUUUCCUUUGUCAGGCUCUCUCUCCGGGCGGCCAACGGCGGGAGCGCCAAACUUGGGCACCGCGGCUCCACAGCCCGCAGACAGAGCUUUGGAGAAUCUCGGGACUCGGGUGCUCGGGUGCCCCGCUGCCCGGGGCGGGCCAGGGGGGUGUGAGCGCGGGGCAGUCCAGGGCGCGCACCGCGAGGAGGGGCCCGGGAGCUCUAUAUGGAGGAGGGAGCCCAGAAUGGUGUGCACCAGGAAGACCAAAACUUUGGUGUCCACUUGCGUGAUCCUGAGCGGCAUGACCAACAUCAUAUGUCUGCUCUACGUGGGCUGGGUCACCAACUACAUCGCCAGCGUGUAUGUGCGGGGGCAGGAGCCGGCGCCCGACAAGAAGCUGGAGGAAGACAAAGGGGACACCCUGAAGAUUAUUGAACGGCUGGACCACCUGGAGAAUGUCAUCAAGCAGCACAUCCAAGAGGCUCCCGCCAAGCCUGAGGAGGCCGAGGCUGAGCCCUUCACAGACUCCUCUCUGUUUGCACAUUGGGGCCAGGAGCUCAGCCCCGAAGGCCGGCGCAUGGCCCUGAAGCAGUUCCAGUACUACGGCUACAACGCCUAUCUCAGUGACCGCCUGCCCCUCGACCGGCCCCUGCCUGACCUCAGACCCAGUGGGUGCCGCAACCUCUCAUUCCCUGCCAGCCUGCCAGAGGUGAGCAUCGUGUUCAUCUUUGUCAAUGAAGCCCUCUCAGUGCUUCUGCGCUCCAUCCACUCAGCCAUUGAACGCACGCCUUCACACCUGCUCAAGGAGAUCAUCCUGGUGGAUGACAACAGCAGUAACGAGGAGCUGAAGGAGAAGCUGACAGAGUACGUGGACAAGGUGAAUGGCCAGAAGCCGGGCUUCAUCAAAGUCGUGCGCCACAGCAAGCAGGAGGGCCUCAUCCGCUCCCGGGUCAGCGGCUGGAGGGCGGCCACUGCCCCUGUAGUGGCACUCUUCGAUGCCCAUGUGGAGUUCAAUGUGGGCUGGGCUGAACCUGUACUCACCCGCAUAAAGGAGAACCGGAAGCGGAUCAUCUCACCAUCGUUUGACAACAUCAAAUAUGACAACUUUGAGAUAGAAGAGUACCCGCUGGCCGCCCAGGGCUUCGACUGGGAGCUGUGGUGCCGCUACCUAAACCCCCCCAAGGCAUGGUGGAAGCUGGAGAACUCCACGGCCCCGAUCAGGAGCCCAGCCCUCAUUGGCUGCUUCAUUGUGGACCGCCAGUACUUCCAGGAGAUUGGCUUACUGGACGAAGGCAUGGAGGUCUAUGGAGGCGAGAACGUCGAGCUCGGGAUCAGGGUGUGGCAGUGUGGUGGGAGUGUGGAGGUCCUGCCCUGCUCUCGGAUUGCCCACAUUGAGCGAGCCCACAAGCCCUACACUGAGGACCUCACUGCCCACGUUCGCAGGAACGCCCUCAGGGUGGCCGAAGUCUGGAUGGAUGAAUUUAAAAGCCAUGUGUACAUGGCAUGGAACAUACCCCAAGAGGACUCAGGAAUCGACAUCGGGGACAUUACUGCAAGGAAGGCUCUGAGGAAGCAGCUGCAGUGCAAGACCUUCCGGUGGUACCUGGUCAGCGUGUACCCAGAGAUGAGGAUGUACUCAGACAUCAUCGCCUACGGGGUGCUGCAGAACUCUCUGAAGACCGAUUUGUGUCUUGAUCAGGGUCCAGACACAGAGAACGUUCCCAUCGUGUAUAUCUGCCAUGGAAUGACGCCCCAGAACGUGUACUACACGAGUGGUCAGCAGAUCCAUGUGGGCGUCCUGAGCCCCACGGUUGACGAUGACGACAACCGGUGCCUGGUGGACGUCAACAGCCGGCCACGGCUCAUUGAGUGCAGUUACGCCAAAGCCAAGAGGAUGAAGCUUCACUGGCAGUUCUCUCAGGGAGGCCCCAUCCAGAACCUCAAGUCCAAGCGCUGCCUGGAGCUGCAGGAGAACAACGACUCGGAGUUCGGCUUCCAGCUGGUGCUGCAGAAGUGUUCGGGCCAGCACUGGAGUAUCACCAACGUCCUGAGGAGCCUGGCGUCCUGACCCACCUGGACCCGCCCCGCCCGCCCCUUUGCUACUGUGUAGCACCUGCUGCAACGUUGCCUGCUGUCCGCGUGGGUGGUUGGAAGUCCUGGAACCUGGUUGGUGGCCCCCCCCCUUAAAAAGCUUUCUAUUUCCUAUUCAAUUUUCAUGCAGUUUCUAGAAAGAUGCUGAAUGGUGGGUGGAGGUAGUUAAUAUCAUAAACUAUUUUGCAACUGUAAAUAGGGGACAAAUGGAAAAUAUUUAUAACUGUCAAUAAAAUACUAUUAUUAAGAAAAGG